AUGAUCAACACAGAGACAGGGAUUCAAAACUCUGAUGUCAGCAACAACGACCCAGCCAACACCACCGCUAAGGAUGUAUCCAUGGUUGACGUGAGUAAAGUCAAUACGGGUGAAAACAAACCUACAACUGAUGACACUAGUAAUACUGCACAUCCACCAAUUAGAAGAAAAUCAACAAUGAUUUUAACUGAUGAGGCAGAGGCCGAAUUCGACCGGAUGAAUAUUGACAGGAAAGAAGCAGAUCAGAGUGGUAGUGGUGGUGAAAUACAAGAUGAAGAUAAAAUGCACAUUGACAAUUCGUCCUCAAACUUGCAUGGUAGUCAACAGAAUCGACCACCACAACCAUCAUCGCAGCAGCAGCAGCAACAACAACAACAACAACAACAACAACAACAACAACAACAACAGCAACAGCAACAGCAACAGCAACAACAACAACAAGAACAUCAAGCUGCUCCUUCAGCACCACAACCAGAAAAGACAGUCACAGUGCCAGUAGAUAUCCAAUGGGUGCAAGGUGGUGAUAAGGUCUACGUUACUGGUUCAUUCACUGGAUGGAGGAAAAUGAUUGGAUUAGUUAAACAACCAGAUGACAAUUAUAUGAUAACAUUGGGUCUACCAGUGGGUACACAUAGAUUUAGAUUUGUUGUUGACAAUGAAUUGAGAUUUUCGGAUUUUUUACCCACAGCUACUGAUCAAAUGGGUAAUUUUGUCAAUUAUGUUGAAAUUACCCCUGAAAAUGUCCAACAACACUUGAAUGAACAAUAUGGAAUACAAGAGGAUCAACAACAGGAACCUGGUCCAGGACCAGCUCAA